CGGAUAGGCAGCACUGACUGGCAUCACUGCUGGGCACUGCUAGGCAUUGACUGGCGCAACUGCUGGGCACUGACUGGUGGCACUGACUGGCAGCACUGCUGGGCACUGGUGGCACAGGUGUGUGGCACUGCUGGGUGGCACAGGUGGGUGCACUGCUGGGCACAGGUGGGUGCACUGCUAGGCACAGGUGGACGGAACUGGUGGGUGGCACUGCUGGGCACUGAUCAUCAGGACACCAAUUAUCAGUGCCCUGAUGAUCGGUGCCUGCUCUGAUCCCUGCUCUGACAACUGCCGGUCCUCAGCAGUACUUUCUUCACGCUCUGACAGCGUGAGGAAAGUGCAGCCGAGAACCGGCAAUUGCAU